AUGCGGCGGGAAAAAGGAUGGUGGGCAGGGUUCUGGGAGAAAUACGGAAGCGUAGAGUUGGAUAACAAGGGGAGUGUAGCUAGGGAUCAUUUGGCACUGGAACGUACAUUUCUCGCCUGGCUCCGCACUUCGCUCUCCUUUGCUAGCAUCGGUAUAGCGAUAACGCAGCUCUUCCGGCUGAACACGUCGCUGGCGGAUUCGCCAGAUCGUUCCUCGCCAUCGUCGCACCAGAUCAAGAUGCGGCAGCUGGGGAAGCCGCUUGGCGCGACAUUCAUAGGGAUAAGUAUCGUGAUGCUGUUGAUUGGGUUUCACAGGUACUUUGAGGCGCAACAUUAUGUUAUACGGGGCAAGUUUCCUGCCUCGAGAGGCAGCAUUAUUCUAGUUAGCGCCAUUUCGGGCGCGCUGAUAGGAAGCAGUCUGGUCGUCAUUUUGGUCACGGCGCCCGGUGCAUUCGAGACUUGA